AUGACAGGCAACUUUGGUUAUAAUUUCGACGAGACGGAGGCCUUCUUGAUGUCUCUGAACUCAGAGAAUCCAGAUACGCCGAUUUCAGACCCUUCCAGCGCGUCGCCCGCUCAAAAUGAGGUCGCAAACGUUGCAAAUUACAAUUUUCAAGAUAAUAUUGCUGACUGGCUAGACACUGGGGACUUGGACACAGAGCAGACAAAGACGCUAUUCUCGUCUCCAGAGUCGGCGAUCUCGCACUCAGAUUCCUCUCACGCUCCGAGAGUGUCUCCUAUAAUCAAUUCUAAUGGGAGCAAAGUCAAAAAGGACCGUUCUUCUCACAAUGUUGUGGAGAAGAAGUACCGAAUGAACAUAAAUACCAAGAUUCUUGAGCUUAGAGAUGCGGUGCCGUCGUUGCGUGCUGCAUCGGGAAAAAAUGGUGCGCCGGUCGAGAACUUAGAAGGGCUGGUUCCGGCGGACAAGGUCAAUAAGGCCAGCAUUCUAUCAAAGGCCACCGAGUACAUUAGACAUUUGGAGUCAAAGAAUGCUGCUCUCAUGAAUGAGAUCGCAAUGCUCAGGACAAGCCUUGAUCAACAGAUGGCUCACCAGAACUAUCGUCAGCAGGAUACUCCACACUUCAGUCAACUGAACACUCCAUACAUGAACCAGCACCCAACCCCCGCCCACUACACUCCAAAUCCCAGCCCGCAUCACAACUCGAAUCAAUCUUAUGUGAUGGGGCCGCAGCAGCACAUGCCGCUGGGAUCAAAGAUUAUGUUGGGAGGUAUGACUGCCAUGGUUGGCACGCAAUUUUUUGACCCCCAGGAUACAAACUACAGAGGCUUGUCGUUCCUCCCGUUGCAACAGUUGUUCCCAAUUCUCGAAUCUCCACAUGCUGCCACCGCGCUAAAUGUUUCGCGGAUACUGUUGUUUUUUGGCGGCCUGUUUUUGAUUCUGCAGCCUUUGUACAUCUCUCUCACGGCCCCGAAACAGAAGGCUGUCCAGCUUGGACAAUCAGAGCUAGAUUUGAGCUUGAGUGAGUACAACGUGGUACGACUUCUCGCUUCAAAGCUCCACAUCACGUCUGUCGAUCUCAAGGAAAAGUUGGACACUCUAAAAGCUUUGAACAGAUUUUUCGCCAAGUGGGUGACCACAACGCUAGAAAAUCAGAGCAAGACAACGUACACUCUGAUCUGGAAACCCCUUUUCAAAUUCUACUUCAUUUCAUUUGCAAUAGAUGAUGGAAUUGACGAGAUUAUCAUAUCUGACGAAACCAUCAAAUUCCACUUUACGCGACUUGUUUUAACCAAGAUGAUGAUCACAAAAGUUGGAGGGUUCUUCAGCAGUGUGCUCGGGCUUCAGCGGAAGGCAGACAGUUUGGUUCUUGGGUUGGUGAAGAACUUAAAGCAAACUAAGGAUAUUAGCCAGUUCUCGAAAGAGGCAGUCACCAUUUUGAAACUGAUCAACAAUGACAUGGAGAUUUUCGAAAAUGAAGACGUGAUCGAGCGACUGAUUGAUAUACUGAAGUGGCGGGAAGUUAACAACACAAGAUCGAACAUUGCUGAAUUCAUACAGAACUCCGAGGACUCAGAACUCUCUUUAGCGAACCUAAUAUGCGUUAUUAGAUACGAUCAAUUACUGCAAGACUACCAGACGGCUGCUAUUUCUGUGCUGGCUGACGACCCAGACAACAGCGACACUGAGCUUGCCUCGAUUGUCGAGAAGAUUAAAACGCAGCUACCACUCAUUCCACAGACGUGUGUCAAACUUGAGAAGCACACAGCGAUUCUCAACGGAUUACUUGAUCCCAACUCUGACAAUGUGAAGCAGACGUUUGAUAUGGUCCUUGCUAGUGUCAAGGACCUGGUCGAGUACACCGAGGCGAUCUAUCCUACCGAGUCAGACGAGCAGAACGAAUCUCUGGUGACCGACAGCACUAUUUCCAAAAUUUACCGGUUUGCACAGCAGCCUGGGCGAGUUUCCCAGCUAGUUGAGGACGAAAUCAGGCUUUGUCUGACGUGCACCCUGAUUUUGCAUUACUUCGAGGCUGGUGAGACUUCGAACGCAUGCCGUCUCAUCAACUACUUGAAUAUUUCAGGGUUGUCAGAGUCUGUUUCGUUGCUGACUCUUAUUGGACUUCUUCGCACAGUCAUUGCUAUUUCGGAGCACGUCGAGGAGCUCGACGACGAGAACACCCGCAACAAGCAGACAGUGGAGUCACUUGUCGGGUAUCUGCGACUGUAUGUUGGCACCACAACUGGUGGCAGCCAGUCUGGCGAAUCUACUUCUUCCACGUCCGUGUCCGAUGGUGCUGGACUUGAUAUCCAGGAUCUGGACUUUGAGCUUCGCACCAGUAUCAGCCACAAGCUUGUUUGUUUGGGCAAACAGAUUGGUGACACGGAUCUUUAA